GACCCACGUGUAAACAUGCAAAGGCCAAUCAAUCCUCCUCUUUUGCAUUUACUUCGCUUUUUCUUGUUGCAAAAAUAUCUGUGUUCUGCUCCUUCCGUACUCAUUACAGCGAUGACUACUUUAUUUAUAAAUUCCGAUUUCACGGAUAUGAGUUAUUGCUUUCGACUCAUUUGAAUGCCCAGGAGAGGAUCCAUCCGUGGGCUGUACCUCCACCCGGGGGUUAGAUUUGUGUCAUCAUUGACCCGGGUUUAACCCUUUUUCAGUUCAAAAAAAAAAAAAUUGCAGAAAUUCCGAUUUCACAUGUUCGUUUAAUAUUAUAUAUAGUCAAUAACUAGUCAUCUUGGUGCGUUUCUAAAAACUAGCAAGAGCAAGAGGGAAGAAACAUGAGUCCGUGCAAAAGAAAGAAAGAGGAGGAACCAGUUGCUGGUGAUGCUGUUGUUUGUCACAAACCACAAAGAAAGGGGAAAGAGCAGGAGGAGUGUUCAAGAAACGGAGAAGCGACGACGUCCACUGGACUUGUCUCUUACCAAGACUUUAAUUCAUCUGUAGAGCCUCGAGAAACAUGCAAGGGAAAGAAAGAUGUAGUAGAAGCAGUUUCUGCUCAUGUUUCUUGCGGAAUCACCAGUAAGACCCCAGAAAGACCUAGGGAGAGUUACAAGAGAACACGUUUCAAGAAUGGCGAAACUCUUAUGGAAAGAGACAGAACAGAUCAACAACCCAUUUCAGUUCCUCCAGGGAUGAAGGAAUGUGAUGCAGAACCGACGGUUAUAACCACUGGAACAGCAAGCAAAGCAACUUUAGGACCAUCCAUUGGUGUUUUCGACAUUGGUGUCAAUAAAUAUGCUUACUUCUUCCAGGUUGCUUUGCCUGGUGUCUGCAAAGAUUCCGGUGAAUUCAGCUGUGAGAUUGAGUCAGAUGGAAAGGUUAUACUGGAGGGAUCAACCACUACAGGAUGUAAAACGAUAAAGAGGCAUUCUCGGGUUUUCAAGAUGAGUAUCCAGAAGCUGUGUCCACCUGGAUCGUUCAAGCUGGCCUUUAGCCUCCCAGGACCAGUUGAUCCGCGUCUAUUCUCUCCUAACUUCAGAUCAGAUGGUAUCUUCGAGGCUGUUGUCAUCAGGCAGGAAAACUCUAUCUAGAACCAGAGAGGUCACUUCAAGCGGGGGAACACAUUAGAUCUCUUAUAGAUCUUUUAAUGUGGCUAUAGAAGCUAGGCCCAAAUCAAACAUCUUGUAUGGACAUAUCUCUCACUCUUUUUGUUUUUGGAGGUGACGCAUGAUAUGCUUUGAUCACUCGAUUUUU